AUGAAAUUGAAAUAUCAAGAAGUUCAAGGUAAUUUAUUUUCGGCUUCAUCGACAAUAUCACUUGCACAUUGUGUCUCAGCCGAUAUGAACAUGUCAAAAGGAAUUGCAACGCAGUUUCGUAACCAAUUUGGACGUAUUGACGAUCUCAAAAGACAAAAUAUUGGAGUCGGGGGUUGUGCUUAUAUAUAUGUCGAAAAUCGCCAUGUAUUUUACUUGAUUACAAAACAACGAUAUUUUCACAAGCCAACAUUGAAAACAUUAGAAGCAAGUCUGAUUUCGAUGCGAGAUUUAUGUAUUCAAAACAAUAUUAAUCAAUUGGCGAUGCCAUGUAUUGGUUGUGGUUUGGAUAAACUUCAGUGGUCACAAGUAAAAGAACUGAUACAACGUAUAUUUGGACAAGUCGAUAUUGAAAUCACUAUUUAUGUGAAAAAUGGUCCUCCUACCGCAGCACCGUCUUGGAAACGGCGUGGUAUUGCUGCAACUAGAGAUCAUAAGGGUCGGAACGAAACCACGCCAGAACCGGAACCAUAUGUAAAGAGAUCGGGACCAAUCAACAGCGCGGCCCAACAAUAA